AUGGGUUCUUUCUGCUACUUCUGGUUGUUAUUCUCAGCAACUUUGAUAAUGCUUAUAGUAUAUCCAAUUUUAGCUGACAAAAAGAAGCAGGGAACUGGACCUGCAAUUGCAGUGACCAAGCACCUUUCCUUCUCAGAUUUUAGGCCAGAUGAUCCCAAAAUUGUACAUGAGGUUAAGCUCUUAGGUAGUGCCAAGUUGUCAGAUGAAAAGGGUGCUAUCCAAAUUCCUGAUGAAUCCCAUUUAAGUGAUCUGAGACAUCAAGCAGGACGGGCCAUCUAUUCUUAUCCUAUCCGUAUGCUCGAUCCGCUCACUGGCACUCCGGCUUCCUUCGAGGCCACCUUCUCUUUCCAAUUUAGCAACUCUAGUGCUUCUUCCCAUGCCAACUUCACUGGUGGUUUCAAUAACACUGGAGGCAGUGGCCUUGCCUUUAUUAUGGUGCCUGAUGAGUUCACUGUGGGUAGACCUGGACCAUGGCUAGCCAUGCUCAAUGAUGCCUGUGAGGACAACUAUAAAGCUGCUGCCAUUGAAUUUGAUACCCGUCAAAAUCCAGAAUUUGGAGAUCCAAAUGACAAUCAUGUGGGAAUCAAUCUUGGCAGCAUCAUUUCCACCACGACCGUAAAUGCUUCAGAUGCAGGUGUCUACUUCAAGGAUGGUUUGAUACACCAAGCUAGGAUUUUAUAUAACGGUUCGCGACGCUGGAUGGAAGUUAGCCUUGGAUCGAAGCCCGUCUUCUCAGGUUCUCUUGAUCUCUCCCCUUUUCUCAAUGAAUACAUGUUUGUUGGAUUCUCAGCUUCAACUGGCAAUUUGACCCAAAUCCACAAUAUAUACUCGUGGAGCUUCACUUCUACUAGCCAAGCCUCUCUUCGUGUCCCAUCUGCAGAGACAUGUGAGAGUAAGAUUAUGGAGCGAUAUGGUCUAGGUGUUCUAAGUUCUCAGUCACAUAGCUCAAUCAAAGAACCCUCAAGAAGUUUGUUGAUUUUCAUUAGCGUGAUGGCACUGGCUAUAGCUGUGUUUGCCAGUCUUUUCUACAUUUGCAGGCGCAGAAACAAUCAAGCUAAGGCUGUGAUAUUUCCAGAUAAAAGGCAACGACCAAGGCCUCCCAACAAACCCCGCCGCUUCACCAUCUCUGAAGUUUCCUCUGCCACUCGGGGUUUUCAUGAAUACGAAAUACUAGGCAGCGAUUCCAAAGGUACUUACUAUAGAGGGAAGCUUCCAAAUGGUUGUCAAGUGGCCAUUAAACGUUUCUCUGCUCAAUUUUUGAGUUCACAAAUUGGAAUGGAUAGACGGAGAUUGCUCAAAGAAAUCAGUACCAUUAGCCGAGUUCGACACCCCAACUUGGUUCCUAUCAGAGGAUGGUGUCAGGAUAAUCGUGAAACUAUGGUUGUGUAUGAAUUCUUUCCAAAUGGAAGUCUUGACAAAUGGCUAUUUGGGGUUGGCGUGCUUCCAUGGACUCGGCGGUUGAAAGUAGUUAAAGAUGUUGCAGAUGGACUCGGUUUCCUCCACUCAAAGCAGCUAGCUCACAAGAAUAUGAAAGCUACCAAUAUCUUUCUUGAUGUUAGCUUCAGAGCAGUUCUGGGUGACUUUGGCUUCGUGCUUUCUUCCACGGAGUCGCGGCGGUUUGAAGCAUCUGUGAGUCAAAAGGCUGAUGUGUUUGAAUUCGGCAUUUUUGUGCUGGAAGUUGUUUCUGGGAGAGGAAGGUUGGAGUCUGAGGUGAGGCAAGAAGAGAGGGAUUUGCUGGAUUUUGCAUGGAGAAUGCACGAGAUCGAUGAGAAGGCAAGAUUGGUGGACAGGAGAAUGGGCUCAGUGGUGAACUUGGAACAGGCAAUUAGAGUGUUGGAGAUUGGACUGCUUUGUACACUAAAUGAGAACAAAGGCAGGCCAUGCAUGGAGGAGGUGGUGGAGUUUCUGAACCUAGACAAGUCGAUUCCUGAGUUGCCACCAAAUAGACCCGUCGCUCUUUUCCCCUAUAGCAGCGCCAACGCUGGUCUUUGCAAUGGCUAUUCCUGUGCUCCUUUCAAGUGA